AUGGCAGCGAAAAGCCUUUCAAUAGGAGCCCUACUUCCCGAGGUCCAACGGAACUCGACUGAAAGGAGAGGUUAUGCAAUAGAAGGGAGACAACGCUCUGGGCUUGCAGAAAUGAAUGGAUCAGAAAGAAGGGGGCUUGAUUCAAUUUCCAGGCCGGGCGGGAGGCGUUCCCCGGCGUUCCUCGGCGCUGUCAUCUAUCUCGACCCAUUCCCUGAUUUUCUCUGUAUAAGGACCUCCUUCCCUUCUGCCCACUCUCCGUUCACACAGUUCUCAAAGCAGAGGAGGAAUGGUGGGCAGAAGGUACCACGAGCCCUCUGUCCCACACAUCUAUCCAGAAGCAAGUGUAGUUCACCGUUAUGCUUCGGAUGCUUCGCAAUAGAUCGACCCAGUUCCCGUUCUUUUCCGGUGCACUCGCUUUAUAUCUCUAAUACACAAGGAAGGACGCGGUGGGAAGGGGUUCCUCCAGCUUCGCUGAAGAAGCUAGGUUCCUCCGGGGUAACGCAAGGUGGGCCUGUUUCUCCCCUUGCGUUGCUAAUUCCUCAUAAAGCCCCUCCCUCCAUACGUCCAGUUGGUCAUCCCGAACAGUAUCCCGGGUUUGACAGAGAGCAAUUUGUUGCUCCAGCUCGCGCGCCGCCCGAUCUAUGCAGGCGGCUACUUCCCGACGACGGUCGGGAUCCCUCUCGUUCUGGAGGUUCCGUUCCAUUUCCUGGAUUCGCUCCAGAUCCUCCAACAAUUGGAGAUUCCGCGCUCAAGUCUCUUCACCACAUGAUGAUACCCAUGCUCGAAGGGGAACCUUCAAAGCAGGAUUUGAGUUCUAUAGCUAUACAACUCUGGGGAAUCGGCGUGCAGGAGCGUACUGCAGAACUAUGA